AUGUCAAAGAAUGGCGAAGUGUCGUCAAAUCAAGGGCCAAGUAGACCGAAUAAUUCAAAACCUGAACUUAGUUUAUUUGGUACAGAAAAACGUAAAGUAUUAAACCUCCAAUUUGGAGGGCCAUCAGUUGAUACUGCUGCAUUUAUGCCGUUUUCCCCCAAUACGUCGACACAAAAAUCUCGAAUACCUUCACGUACUAUCAGAGACGUAUUGCCAGAUAACACAAGAGAUAGAUGUAGAAUUUAUCCAUCAAUGCAAUCCUCGGGAAAGUUACAGCUAUCUGCUACUGAGAUAUAUGACUUUACUGCAGAUGAUCUGCAAGAUCUUGGUGAAAUAGGACGAGGCGCUUUUGGAGCUGUUAAUAAAAUGGUUCAUAGAAGGAGCAGCAAAGUGAUGGCUGUAAAACGUAUCCGUUCAACAGUAGAUGAAAAAGAACAGAAACAAUUAUUAAUGGACCUAGAGGUGGUAAUGAAAAGUAAUGAGUGUCCAUAUAUUGUACAGUUUUAUGGAGCACUUUUCAAAGAAGGUGACUGUUGGAUUUGUAUGGAGUUAAUGGAUACCUCAUUAGAUAAAUUUUAUAAGUUUAUUUGUGAAAGAAUGCAAACUCGGAUACCUGAAAACAUUAUGGCUAAAAUUACAUUAGCAACUGUCAAAGCUUUAAACUAUUUAAAAGAAAAACUAAAAAUUAUUCACAGAGAUGUGAAACCUUCCAACAUAUUAUUGGACAGAAGAGGUAACAUAAAACUGUGCGACUUCGGCAUCUCCGGCAAGCUCGUUGACUCGAUAGCUCGCACACGCGACGCUGGCUGUAGACCUUACAUGGCUCCUGAGCGAAUUGAUCCUGGGCGUGCCAGAGGAUAUGACGUGAGGUCAGAUGUUUGGUCCCUGGGCAUUACUUUGAUGGAAGUGGCCACUGGUUCAUUCCCAUACCCAAGAUGGGGUUCUGUGUUUGAACAACUACAACAAGUAGUGCAAGGAGACCCGCCCCGCCUUACAAACAAAAACAAUAUAUUUUCAAACAAUUUUGUUAACUUUGUUAAUACUUGCCUCAUCAAGGAAGAAACACAAAGACCAAAAUACAAUCGGCUCUUGGAACAUGCAUUCAUUAAGGGCAUAGACCAAAGUCGAGUAGAUGUUGCAGCAUACGUGUGCGAGAUAUUAGAUGCCAUGGAACGCAACGGUGUGAGCCCGUUCACCACAGACCAACCGGCACAGGCUUGGAUAGAU